UGAAACGUGAAAAAGAGGUGGUUUCCUGCGCUAAGAAUGCGCAGGAAAUGGAAAGCGUGAGAGGGAAUGAUCAGGGCAAGAAGAAAAUGGGCGGUGGCAGUGUGAGUAUUGGUGGCACAAGCAGCAGCGGCGGCGGUUGUUUCAAAUUAAAUGUUCAUGCUCCAGAAUUCAUUCCUAGAUCGUUUACCCAGAUCCCAGUUUCGGGAUAUUACUACCCAUAUUCGCAGUACCAGGAUUGGAUUUAUGUGGGUGAUCAAGAUUCAUUCCCCUUUUUCGACAAUAAAAAUGUUGUCUUGCCUCAGGACCACCGCAAGGAUGACCUCCCUGAAGAAGUCAGGCUAAAGAUCAUCAAACAGGUGGAGUACCAGCUAAGUGACAUGAGCUUGCUUGCAAACGAGAACUUGGCCAAACAAAUGAGCAAGGAUCCUGAGGCCUAUGUUCCUAUAACUUCUGUGGCCUCUACCAAGAAGAUCAAGUCUCUUCUUAGUAAUAAACCUAUGCAAGUGCUUGCUCAAGCGCUCCGGUCCUCAUCAAAGCUGAAUGUGAGCAACGAUGGCAAGAAGGUUAAACGAAAGCAACCCUUCACUGAUAAGGACAAAGAGGAGCUGCAGGUGAACGAAUCUUGGCAUUUUGAUCUCCUUGUAAAAAUGGUCUGUUUUGCUUCCCCUAUUGUGUGCUUAAAACGCUUUUCUUCUUUCUUGAAGUCGCGUACUGUUGUGGCUGAGAAUUUACCUGAUGAUCACUCCCAUCAUAAUAUUGAGAAGAUAUUCAAUGUGGUUGGAAGUGUGAAAACCAUCAGAGUAUGCCAUCCCCAAGAUUCCAAUUCUUCUGCUUCAAAGGGAGAACAUUUCAUUAGCAAUAAGCUCCACGCUUUGAUAGAGUUUGAGAGUCCUGAAAUAGCCGAGAAAGCUGUGGAGAGGUUGAAUGAUGAAAAGAAUUGGCGAAAGGGGUUAAGAGUAAAGAUGUUACUUAGGCGCUCACCAAAGUCUGUUUUAAAGAACAGGAAGUCGGAUUUUGAUGGCUAUUUAGACGACGAUGAGCUAGCAGAAGAUGCCUCGCAACCUAUUCAACCAGAACCAGCUAAUGACACUAACAAUAUUGCUGAAGAGAGCUCGACUGCAUCGAAGAAGGGAUGGGGAAAAGGCCGAGUGAAACUCAGGCAGCAACAAAGCUUGAGUUACAGCGCCCGUGGCCUUCUUUCUGCAUCGCCACAGUCUAACUGCCAUAUCCAAUCUGAAGGGCCCGCUAAGCCGAUUGUAAAGGUGCCAAGAAUGCCAGAUGGAACUCGAGGCUUCACAAUGGGACGGGGAAAGCCACUCGGGGCUGCUGCUCCAUCCAGCUUAUCAUGCGUCGUCUGAUCUUAUUUAUGUUGAAUUUUGCUCGAUCCAAUGCCACUUCGCUUUAUUUAUUUCCAUCAGGGUAUAGUAAACUCAGUUCUGCUCCAUUCUUUUCGCGUAGCCUAGAAGGUAGCAGUGUAUGUGU